AUGAGUAAAGGGCUCGCAAAAACUAUCCAAAAUUUGACAUCGCUGUGCAGAACCAUUUACUUUGUCUUUGCUGCCAUUUUUUACUUUGCAUCGUGCAUAGUCAUAAUUCCAGUGGUAUACUUUGUGCACAAAGUGCUGACUGCCCUGGGCUUGGACAUGUGGAAGUUCAAAUCUUCGGUGGGGAAGAUUUGGCUGCUGGUUACGCAGUCGCUGCUGUGCAUUUUAAUAGGAGACAACACGUACAUGCUUUAUAAAGAGCCCCCUGAGAACAUCAAUUCGCAAAACACUCUGAUCAUAUCAAAUCACACAACGUACAUAGAUUGGGUGUAUCUCUGGUCUUUGCUCAUUGAGACAGGCCGCGAAAAUAUUUCAUUCAUCGCCAAGGAAGCCAUUGGGUCAAUUUACUUCCUGAAGCUGGGAAUGAAAAUGCUCAACUUUGUUCUCCUCAGCAGAAAAAUGGAACAAGAUAAGUCGAGGCUGAAGGAGGCAUGCAGUGUUCUGCACAAGAGCCCAAACUACAACCUUGUGGUCUUCCCAGAGGGAACAUUCAUCGAUCCUGCCACAGAACAGGCGAGCAAAGAUUUCUUGUCAAAUCAAAUAGAAAUAAGAAAAAAACUUGAAACACUUCCAAAAGAAGAGAUAGAGAGACUGGGGCUCCACGUGACCAUUCCAAGUGAAAUAACAGCUCCAUUCAAGCAAGUAAUAUUUCCCAGAGUGAAAGGUUUUACUCUCCUUGUAAACGAGCUGAAAGACAGCAUUAAAUACAUCAUGGACUGCACGAUCUACCUGAACAUGGACGGAACACUUGAAGAGUUUCCAUCGCACUACUUUACCCUCAAAAAUAUCCUGCUGGGACGGUGUUCAAGAAUGCAGGCAGUAAUUAUCUGUGACAACAUUGUUUUUAACAAAUCCAUUGCUGACGAUUCUUCCAACUGGAUGUACAAACAGUUCAAGAAGAAGGACGAGCUGCUUAUGAAGAUCAAAGGCACUUCGAUAAAUGAUGUUGUCCUUGAUUAUGAAACCAAUCUGAAAUACAAGAAAAGAAGAGUGCAUCCUUCUCUUCCAGUCACUAUAUUCCUAUCAGCUGGUGCUCUGGCAAUUAUUAUUCCAGUUUUCUAUGUCAUAUGGCAGUUAUUUCUAUUAGCCGUUGCAACGUUCGUUGGGGUCAAAGGCCUCCUUGGCAAGAAGUGCAUUACUUCGUGA